GAAGUGCUAUUUUUGUUAUCAGUGAAUGACUUAACUGUAGCAUUUACUGGAUAGGAUGAAAUGCCCUUGAGUGAAUGAUGCAGGCGAUUCCCUGUGGAUGCCAUUUUCGGUAACACUAGCGGACUUCCAGGUUCAGUCUCAUUUCCAAGUGCUGAUGCGUGACUACUCUGAGUCGACAUAAUCGAGGUGAGAUGCGAGGGAGUAUAAUACCUCUAUAGUGUGUCUUGGUCUGGUCGUGUUAUUAGUCUCUGGAUAUUUGUUCCCUCCGUUUCUUGCAACUAUGGGUGAUGAAAUUCCAACCUCCAGCUCUUCGGAGACUCGAUUCACUGAGAAACUCGACGCAGAUGGUCCAGUUCUAGAUGUUCCGGGGCCAGCAGCUCAUCCUCGAGAUGGCAUUCCCGACUGGAGGUGGAAAGGCACCAUUGCGGUCUCCCUGCUUUCCACCCUCAUCUGUGGAUACGAUGUUAGCAAUGUCGCCAAUAUCCAACCUCGUUUUUAUGAAGCCUUCGGCAGCAUCCAGCUCCUCCCUUGGAUUGGACUCUCGUUUAGUCUCUCGGUGUUUGCCGUCCUCGCCCUCUCGCGGAAGAUCAUGUACUGCUUGGAUUUGCGUUGGAUCUACAUCACCAGCCUGAUUGUUUUCAUGGUUGGCGCUGCUGUCGCCGGUGCUGCACAUAACAUUUCAACUGUCAUUGUGGGGAGAGUCAUCAUGGGUCUCGGUGCUGCCAUUGUUUCCCAAGGCAACUUCACCUUCAUGGCGGUCUUUGCCACUCCCUCGGAAACCCCCCGCCUCUUUGGCUUGCUCAGCGCAGCCUGGGCAGUUGGCCUAGUCAUCGGAGGCCCGAUUGGGUCAGCCCUCGCUUCCAAUCCAAGCACCACCUGGCGCUGGGCGUUGUACAUGAACCUCCCCUGGACCGGGCUAUGUGCCGUGGUAUCCUUCGUCUGCCUCCCGAGCAAGUACAUCGGCCCAGACAUCCCGUUGUUCCACCGACUAUCCCGCAUCGACCCCCUGGGGAUCGCAUUCAACAUGGCCGUCCCCGUACUGUUUGCUCUGGCUCUAGAAUUUUCGGGUCCUAUCUGGCCCUGGGGCUCGGCAUCCUCAAUCACCGUCUGGGUGCUAUUCGGUGUGGUUUUCAUCGCAUGGGCCCUCCAGCAAUAUUUCUGCAUCCUGACCACCCCCGAACAGCGUGCCUUCCCACUACACCUGCUGUCCCGUUUUGACCUCCUCCCGCUGUGGUGGGCAUCCGGUUGUGCAGGCGCUGCCUACGGCGUAACGCUCUACUACAUCCCUCUCUUCUUCGCAUUCACGCGUGGUCUUGACCCACUCCAGCAAACCGUCCGCAUCUUACCAUUCAUCCUGGUCUUCAUUGUCGUCGCCAUGCUGGUCGGUGGUCUCCUUCCUAUCCUUGGCAGGUAUAACCUCAUCUACAUCGCCGGCGGGGUGUCCAUGAUUGCCGGUGCCGGCGCUAUGGCAGGAACACUUACCCGCACCCUCUCCGAGACCCAGAUCCUGGGUCUGGAAGCCCUGAUCGGGAUCGGGCUCGGUUGCUCGUUCCAGCACGGGAUCGGGAUCUCAAACGUCAUCAAUCGUAAUCCGCAGGAUCGAGUAGACAGCGCCGUGUUGUCUAAUAUGGCCCAGACGGGCUCGAUUGCGAUCGUUCUGGCGGUUGCGGGUUCUAUCUUCCAGAACGUGGGGUAUGCAUUGCUGGUGGAUGCGAUUGGGGAUAGAGGGUACUCGGAUGACGAACUGCGGCAGGCACUGGCUGGAGUGACGUCUGUGGUGUGGGAGUCUCCGGAUCCAGAGGUGCAGAUUGGUGUUGUUGAUGCGGUUGCGGAGGUGAUUGCGAGGGAGUUUUAUUUGGUUGUUGCGGCGGGGGUGCUUUGUUUGGUGUGUGGGUUGGCGAUGCGGUGGGAGAAGCUUGAUUAUGGGAGGAGGGGGGGGUAA